UGACCUGCCAUAGAUGUUAAAUUAGCCGUGAUCAUUUCACGGCCUGACUUCUGUUCACGGCCUGCACACAAAAACUCUGCCCAGGACAAUACCUACACAAUACCGGACUCUUUCUCCCACUAACCCGGCAAGGGACACCGCCAGAAGGCCUCAUGUAGGAUUUCCGAGCAGUAAAGUCCCGGACAAGUCGGAAAAUCGGACUUACGAUGACCAAAACAAAGAAGAAAGAGAAGAAGGGAAAGAAGUCCAUUCCCGAGGCGGGGCCUCUGUUGCCACAGCAACAAGAACAACAACAACAGCAACAACAAACAAACAGAACACUGAGCGAUGUCAACUUCAGAUGUAAAGAGUAUGUGAGUAAGCAGAAGCGAGCGGUGCAGCUGUGCAUCGUGACCCUGUUGGUGGCUCUGGGGUCGUUCGCGGUCGGACUCCGCGCUCACUUUGUCACCGACAACGUUAAAGUGGGGGCGUUCUGGCCGGGCAUCGUGGUUGCUGUGGGCUCGCUGGUAUCUCUGCUGGGGGUCUGCAAGUCUCAGAAGGGCAGAAUAUGGAUGGCUGCAGGAAUGGUGGUGCUGGGGGUGGGUGCAGUCAUGGCCAUGAUCGGCACAGUUGUGGACGGUGUGGCGGCAGGACUUGUGGCAAAAACAGACUUCUCAAUGUGUUCCCACGUGAACGGUCCGACGGGUUACGUAACGUGCGGUGAGGCCGGGUACUGGACCUUCGGAAAGUGUGACAUGGUGGUGUACCAUCGGACGUGUUAUUGCUGUCAUCUGUAUGCACAACAACACUGCAACGUGCCGGGAUACAGCCUGUCCAUCCAGCCCCACAGAUACGACAAUGUGGACUCCUGUCAGCAGGUGGAGGUGGAGUUCCAGGCUCUGCUCUGGGCUUCCACCGUCCUCAACAUCCUGGCACUCGCUGUUGCCGUGACAACCGUCAUCCUCAUCAGUGCCUUCAAGUCAGCGAGCAUCCAUCCGCUGGUAUCAGCUCCUCCGGGAGUGAACCCUGCCACCCCCGUGGUGAUCUACAAUGGCGCAGGCCAGCAGCAUGUGCUGACAUACGCCCACUGCCCACCCUACCCCGGCAUCCCGACCCAACCACCCGCCUACCCCAACGGGGAGGGGCAGCAGCGACCAGGCAACGAGAAACCACCCCGCUACUCCUUGUAGUGGGCCAUUCAACUGUAGUAUUUUAGUUCAAACCAAGUUAUUUUUUGGUUCUCAUUUUGGCAAAACUUCAGAAAAUGAUGAAAACACAGGGUUAGAAGGGAAACCUAAAUCUAGUUCACCCUUAUUCGCAGGGCAUUUAGGACUAUCAAGUCAACUGAUGGUAGUUUCAAGCUGCAAUAUUUUGACAUUUGAAACAUCAACUUGAUGUACCCAUCUAUCCACUUUAUAAAAUCAUGCAUACCAAGGUACAAACUUUUCCCUUUAUGAUAAUAAUUUCUUUUCUGGGGGAAUCACUGAAUUGGUGUAGCCCUUAUGUGGCCUUACAAUGCUCCAAACUUUAGUUUGUAUAGUGACAGACUUAACUCUUGAAGGGCAACUUUAAGUCGAAUCUGUGGAUGCCAUGCCUUUGUGCAUUCAUUUUGGCUUUCUUUUCUCGAAUUAAUUUCCAAGAAAAAACAGCUAAUGAUAUUUUGCUGUGUGAAACCUAAGUUACCACCACUGUCGAGCUACACUCCUACUUUGAUGCUGUAAAUUUUUGUGCCUGUUUGUACGCUUUGCAUCGUUACCUCAUUCCUCCACUUUUCUAAAUGUAACAAAAGUUAUUCAUCUGACUAAUUUUUGACUAAUAUUUCCAGUGUUUAUAUGUAGUCUUUAGUCAUAAGAUUUUUGUAGUAAGAUACUUAGUUGAAAGUUGUUGUUCUUGUUGUGCCAAAGUUUAAGCAAUUCUAGUAGAUGUUUCCUGUGGUAGGUGUAGCUCAUCCAAUAAGGAAUAGUGUAAAAAUCUUAUUUGACCUUGAUUCUCUGACAUUGAAAACUUGACUUUGCUGAAUCAGAAGGUCAAACUGUGCAUAGAUAAGUCAUAGGUCAAAUGUUUGUCCUAAGGUCAGAGUUCAAAGUGCACUUAGCUCUAAGAUGAAAUAAAGAUUGUAAUGAGAGCACCUUCAGGUCAAAAGGUGAAAAGUUGUGCUUAUGUCAGGAGUCAAAGUUCAAAGGCCAAAAAGUUGUAAAUACCAGGUCUGGAGACUGUUGUUAGAUUGUUUAGAUGAUUCGUUUGCAUUGUCAGUCAGAGCCAGGGUCCUUGCUUGUCCACACUGUAUCAAAAGGUUGGGGUGUUUGAUUCCCACUCUCAGAGUUGUGUUCCACACUCUGCCUUCUAGUUGGGACUAAGUUUCAGAAAGCGUGCCUUGUCUUGUGCACUGUCUGAACUUCACUCCCGCAUCCCACCAUGUUUUGUUUGACCUUGACAGCAGAGCACAAGGUCACCCUCCUCUGGCUGACAUGUUUGUUUGCAUGUUCUUCUAUCUGUGUUGAAAGUUGUGAUUAUUUAAUGUUAUUUCAUUCUAGUAUUAAGUUAAAAGUUUAACACAAGUUUUGUACAUAUUCAAAUCAACCACUAUAUUCCAAACUUAACACUUUAUUUCUUUCAGAGUCUAAUAUACAUCUACGUCUAGAAAAUUCUUAUGUGCAAAUAUUCUUGACUUUUGCAAUAUAAUUUAACAUCAUCUAAGCAGACAUGAGUGCAUAUAUUAACAAAUUUUUAUUCUGUGUAACUAAAAUUAUGUUUUUCCCUCGAAGUCAUGAAACUUGCUUGUGAGGCAUUGUGGGUAAAAAAGGUCAAGGUCGUUGACAUUUGACCUUCAGAAUAGAAUGUGGUUCUUAGAAAACAGGUCUGUAGGAAACCUGAGAGGAGCAGAAUUUUUGAAAGGAGCGGUGAAAUUUAGGUUUUGGUAGUACGAUGUGGUUGUGAAAAGUCAUUUUUUACUAGGUUCUAAAAUGACUGAAUCUAGAAUCAAAUUUCGUUCCUAAAGUUUGUCCUCUUCUUUCUUACUUAGGCUAAGGCCUAUCUAUCCAGAGAAAAAUCUUUUGAUCUUCUCUUAUUUACUUGGUGUUUAUGCGAACACACCAACCAACAAACCCAGUUCAGUAUUGGUCCCGAAGAAGGCAACAAUGGUCGUUUAAAAUUUGAUCCCUGUAUGAACCUUUGUGUUUGAAGAAAGUUGAGCAUUGUACUAUAAUUGCUACCAACACAGAUGAGCGUCCAUGAAACCCAAGUGUCUAUUGCAAAAAGCAUCAUGUCGGCAAAUUUCAUGACUUCUCCAAACAGUUUGAGCUUUAUGUAUAUGUAACAUGUUAACUUUGAUGCAGAGUUUUGCAUUGUUGAAAAAGGUAUGUUUUCGAUUGCAACUUAACACUGCAUUCAACAGCAAUAAACUUUAACCUAAAUAGA